GAUAUUAGCAAUAUACCUAAAGCAGAAACACCUACUUUAGAGUUAAAUAUAGAACAACAAUUUGUAAAGGUUGAACCAACUUCUAUAGAAGUUACUUUAACAUAUAUAUGUAAUCAAAUUUAUAAAGGCAAGAGUACAAAUAAUACCAGUUUAACUCCUAUAGAAAUCUCAUAUACACAGAUAGACAAAAUUGCAAGCAUUAUCAUAGAUAAAAACAGGUCUAGCCUCCUGUAUAAGAAAACUCAAAAAUAUCAAGAAAGACUAGAAAGAACAACUGUGGAACAAAUCAAAGAAGAUU